UGCGCAUGCGGGCGUGUCUCCCGGGACUCUAGAGCUGGCGAGCCCCCCGGCACCUUCGGUAGGUUUGGCUUGCGCGGGUUUUUGCAGAUCUGGGGCGAGCUUGCACGUUAUAUCCCCGGUGCAUCUCUCCUUGCUUGCUUACGUUGCCACCACUUAGGCCUCUGUUGCAGAAAUCGCCUCACACUCUUAAGGGCCGCGGAAUCGGGAAGACCUUUCUGACAGAUUGGCACACUUUUGGCAGAUCCGCGUGCACAAGUUGGACGGAGACGCGUAGGUUUCAUUUUCCCCAGCCCUGCAGCUUCUCUUUGGCCCUGUGAGCUUCUCAGGACAGGCCUCCCCAGCCUCCAUCCGGAAGGCGAGGGACAAAAACUCAGAAAAGCAAUUACUCCUCCCUGGUGAGGCUUCUAGAGGAGUAUUAAUAACGACACGAUUCCACUUGCAGCCCUGUAGAGAUCGGUUUCUCAGUCUUCCCUUACAGUUGUGAUCUUAACGCUCCCGUGUUGUUUAAGUGCCACAAUGAGUGACCGCUAUCUAGAACAAAGGAUUAGUAUCAAAUUUUGCGUCAAAUUGAACAAGUCUGCAAGUGAGACCCACCACCUUUUAAAAGAAGCUUAUGGGGAUGAAGUCAUGUCCAGGGCCAGAGUUUUCGACUGGCACAAAAGGUUUAAAGAAGGGCGGGAAGAUGUUAGAGAUGACGCCCGAAGUGGCCGUCCAGUCACCCACCGGACGGAUGAAAAUAUUCAGAAGGUCAAGGACUUGGUUUGUUCAAACCGGCGGUUGACGGUGAGGAUGAUGGCCGAAGAGUUAAAUUUAGAUAAAGAAACUGUUAGGCUCAUUCUGAAAGAAAACUUGAAUAUGAGAAAAGUGUCUGCAAAAGUUGUAACAGGUAUUCUGAAGGACGAACCUAAGCCUGGGAAACUUGACUGUCGGUCUGAUCUCUCAAAGGAAACUAGGAAAAAUUGCUCAUGUGUAGGGAAAAAGAUGACAAGUUCUGAAACAUGGACCCAUCUCCAAUGUGAAGCUGGUGGGCAAAUACCUCUGCCUGUAUCUCAUCCCCAGAACCACUUCCCCACCAGCCAGCUUCUACAGGUUUGCUCAUCAACAAGUCUUCCCACCAGAGCAGCUCAGGACUGGUUCACACCAUGGUGAAAGGACUGUGAGGUCACAGAGCCUGAGGUGGAAAACUGCCUCACAGUUAGGCACCUUCAUUUGGCGCUCCUCCAUUUUCAGUCUUUACUAUCCUUUCCCACAUGUCACAGCCCUCCUAGUGACUCUUGCUGGACUGCUGGGCCAUCUCCCAGUUUUGAAGAACUUGGCUGUUGACUUCUGCUCCUGGCUUGUUCUAGAACUUUUGCUUAACAAGUUCGAAUCUCCUUGCUGCCCAGACCUUAGCUGUGGUGGCUCUCCUGGUCCUGGGUUCUCAGCAUUCUGCCUCAGGGGAUCAUACCAUUAAAAGGUGGGAACUGGACCCCCUGGGGUCUUUCUGUGCUCAGGAAGGCAUAUUCUUCUGGGAGGACCCCAAAAGAAGGCCUACAGCUCCAGCCUGCUUUACAGGCAGGACCUGAGGUACGGUACAGAAGGUACAUGCCGACCUAGUGAGCAAUGCUAAGGGCAUAUCCAGCCCAAAUGACUCCAUGGGAGCCCCUCAGUAUGGAGGGGUUGCCCCCCCUAAUCUGCUCACAGACCUGUCUCUCACAGAAGAUCUGGAUUUGUUUCCUUAGUGCCAUUCUUUGCACCCCCACUCGUUUGGCUAUCUCCUCUCCUUCUCUGAAGGAGGAGGAUUUGGUCCUAGAAAAUAUAAGUGAGGAGACCCAGGUCCAAGCUGUGAUGUGUGAGGAGGAAGACUAGAGGAUACUCUAGACCUUGAAUUAAGGGAGUCUGCUGCCUAUGCACUGAUUCCCACACAGCUGCCUGUUUUCCUAAAAACGAGUUACUGAAUGAAUGCCAACACUGUCUGGUGUUUUUUGAGUACCUGAAGUUUUUAAAAUACUGCUGGGCAUUGAAAAUGUGAACUUAUAAAACAUCAUCACCACAGGGAGGGUGGACUUCCAGAUGAGAUAAUUCCAGAACUGGAUCCAUAGGAAGGGUGAGACAGGAGGCCAGGAAAUUAAGGGAAGCUUCCCAAGCAGGUGAAACAGCUUGAGGCUUCAAACCUGCAUCAGUAUGAAAAUGAUGCUGAGAUAGCAAAGUCUGGAGGAAGAUAAUAGUGUUGCAGAAGAUGAACAAUUUGGGAUAACUUGCUUCCCCUCCUCUGCCCUAACUAUGCCAUUACUUUGUAAAUUGCUUCUCCUGAGCAAUUUGAUCACUUAUUUGAUUAUCUAAUUUUUCCGUCAGACCCCCUCAAAAAAGCAGUCUGCAAGUUCGUACUCCUUUGUGUCUUUCUGCCUCUCUGCCAGGAUUUAUGCAGUGGAACUUUUCCCAAGUGGAUUCCAAGUAAUACCACAUAGACUGGAGACAUCUCAGAAAUGCCUGAUGGAGGUGCAGUGGAAGACGGUUAGAAACAGCAUUUCACAGGAAUAGCCAGUGUCUGUGUUUUACCCAAGGAUUUUCACAUGCAAAGCUCCUAUUAU